GUCACGGUCAUACUUCUCACUUAUAUUCUUCGCGCCCUCUACCUUCAUCAUGGCGUCGGAGGCUUCAUGUUGGACGAUUAUCUCUGAUGACAUUGGCGAAAUACCCUCCACCCAGGAUUUGCGGUCGGCACUUCAGAAGGGCUCAGACGAAGUCAAGAUUGACACGUUGCGGAAGAUUAUAGUGUCUACGAUCAAUGGGAACCCUCAACCUACUCUGCUGAUGCCGAUCAUCCAAUAUGUUAUGCCCUCACGAAACAAAGCUCUGAAGAAGCUUCUACACUUUUAUUGGGAGGUAUGCCCGAAGUAUGACGACAAUGGCAAACUGAGGCAGGAGAUGAUUCUUGUUGUAAAUGCCGUCCGUAACGACCUGCAACACCCCAAUGAGUACAUCCGCGGUUCAACACUUCGAUUCCUCCAGAAGAUCUCCAAAGACGCAGAGCUUCUUGAACCCCUCAUCCCAACAUGUCGAUCCUGCCUUGAACACCGACACUCAUAUGUCCGCAAGAACGCCGUUUUCGCUGUAUACACCAUCUACCGCGAGUUUGAACAUCUCAUUCCCGACGCUCCUGAACUCAUUCAAACUUUCCUUGCUGCUGAAUCGGACGCGACAUGUAAACGGAACGCUUUCGUCUUCCUCGCCAACUGUGCCAUGCCGAGGGCGGUGGAGUACAUCAUGCAGGUGUUUGAUCAGAUACCAAGCAUGGAUGAGUUGUUGCAGAUGAGUAUCAUUGAGGUUAUCCGGCUGGACUGCAAGACAGACACUGCACACAAGGCUCGGCAUAUUCUGCUUAUUUCUGAGUUGCUGAACGCCUCGUCGCAUGCUGUGAAGUACGAAGCGGCUACCACUUUGACUUCCUUGACGCAGAAUCCUGCUGCCAUCAAAGCUGCCGCCGCUUGCUAUAUCAACUUGGUCUCCAAGGAAUCGGACAACAAUGCGAAGAUCAUUGUAUUGGACAGACUGGAUGCUCUCCGUUCACGACAUGGUCAUGUUUUGGACCCUAUGAUUAUGGACAUCUUGCAGCUCAUUUCUAGCGCGGACUUGGAAGUUCGAAGGAAGGCGCUUAGCAUUGUCCUGAGCUUAACAUCAAGUCGAAAUGUCGAGGAUGUUGUACUAUUCUUGAAGAAGCAACUACAGAAGACCCAAGAUGAGCAAUUUGAGAAGGCACCGGAAUAUAGACAGCUUUUGAUUCAGUCUAUCCAUAUCUGUGCUGUCAAAUUCUCAGAGAUUGCCGCGACCGUGGUUCACGCGCUCAUGGACUUCCUCGGGGACUCGAACAACCCAUCUGCCCUUGAUGUUGUCGCAUUUGUUCGCGAGGUCGUUGAGAAGUUUCCCAAGCUACGGACGACAAUCUGCGAAAAGCUCAUUCAAACCUUGGGAGAAAUCAAGUCAGGCAAAGUCUAUCGAGGCAUCCUCUGGAUUUUAGGCGAGUACGCAGAGUCGGUUCCUGAAAUUCAAGAUACCUUCCAGCAAGUUCGCAAAGUGCUGGGUGAGAUUCCGAUUUUAGCUUCAGAACAACGGUUACUCGACGAGUCGGGCACGGAAGAGGAAGAGAAGAAGGAUGAGGUCAAGGCGGAACCUUCAAAACCCAGAGUUUUGGCAGACGGAACUUACGCUACUGAGACCGCUUUCACCAGCGCGUCAGCUGCUCGAUUAGAGGCUGUGAAAGCUGCAGCGAAACCACCACUACGAACGCUCAUCCUCGGCGGAGAUUUCUUCACUGGAUCUGUUCUAUCGUCUGCCUUAACCAAACUUGUGUUGAGACAUUCUGAACUGUCUUCGGAUAAGAAGAAGGACAAUUCGCUGAAGGCUGAGGCUAUGCUCAUCAUGGUGUCGAUCAUCCGAGUCGGCCAGUCUAAGUUCGUUACGGUCCCAAUCGACGAGGACUCAAGCGAAAGGAUUAUGAACUGUAUCCAGACUUUGAGUGAGCUCGAAGACAAGCCUAUCGUACACGAGAUCUUCUUGAGAGACACCAAGGCUGCGUAUUCGAAGAUGAUUCACGCGCAGGAGCAGAAGGCCGCAGAGAAGAAGGAAUCGGAGACUUCUAAGCAGGUCGCUGUUCAGGUCGAUGAUUUGCUCACCUUCCGGCAAUUCUCGAAGAAGGGUGCUGAAGAUCUCGUCGAUGAUCUUGAAGAUGUUGGCCGUGCUACUGGCGCGGGUGAUGUUACCGAAGACUUUAUAUCGAAUCUCAGUCGCAUCUCUCAGCUUACCGGUUUCUCCGAUCCGAUAUACGCUGAGGCGUAUGUCAAAAUCCAUGGAUUUGAUAUUCUGCUCGAUGUGUUGCUGGUCAACCAAACAGCGAAUACCCUACAGAAUCUCUGUCUAGACUUUGCCACUUUGGGUGACUUGAAGCUUGUUGAGCGCCCGACGGUAUACACUAUUGCCCCGCACAGUUUCCAGAGCAUCAAGGCGACUAUCAAGGUUUCAUCGACGGAAACCGGCGUCAUAUUCGGAAGCAUUCUGUGGGAAGGCCCUGGAAUGUCAGAGCAAUGUGUGAUCCUGAAUGAUAUCCACAUCGAUAUCAUGGACUAUAUCAAGCCCGCGUAUUGUACGGAGGCUCAGUUCCGAAGCAUGUGGACAGAGUUUGAAUGGGAGAACCGGGUGAAUGUGACUACUGUUAUGUCCGAUCCCAGAGAGUAUCUCCGACAUGUCAUGAAAGCUACGAAUAUGUCAUGUCUAACACCUGAAGGUGCCAUCUCAGGGGAAUGUGACUUCUUGUCUGCGAACAUGUAUGCACGCAGUUUGUUCGGUGAGGAUGCUUUGGCGAAUCUGAGUGUGGAGAGGACGGACGCGGGUACAAUCGUUGGCCAUGUUCGCAUUCGCAGCAAGACGCAAGGUAUUGCACUGUCAUUGGGUGACCGGAUAACCAUGGCACAAAAGGACAAUAAGCCACCUGUAUAGAGUGUAUCACUUUUAUGUUGUUUUCGUAUUCUGUCGUGGUUAUACUAUUUCUUCGGUUUUGUUCUCGCUUAGUUGUCGGUGUCUGAGCUAGAUUGUUCAUCAGUGUCGACAAGAAUUCUUGCAUCAGAAGCAACCAACACGUACGCCUUCUCCACUCGGGAGGCAUCCAUGCUAUGGGUUGGUUCUGGGGCCGGAGGAUAUACUCACCCUGUGACCAUUCCUCCUCAACAGCCCAUCACAGCUAUGUCAAAUUUCAGCUACACCUGAACCUUGGAAUGUAUUGCACACACUGUUACAACGAGGGGGUGUAUUACCCUGACUUUAUCCGCAGGGUGUUCCUUCUGG